CAAGGGGGAGCCGUUCCGGGUCGAGCGCAGGGGAGCCCGCCGGCCUGGCAGGCGCACCGUCACCGGCGGGACGCGGCCUCCGCCAGGGCGCCCACGCGGGCGGCAGCAGCGGUGGCUGGGCGUGCUGCCUGGCGGGCUUGGGCGGGACAGACGGCGGCGGCUUGUGACCACAGGCGGCCAUGGCGACGGGGAGCACGGCCACCGUAGAGAGCGCGGACGUUAUACGAUUGAUGCUCCAGUUCUGCAAGGAGAACGGCCUGCACAGGACGCUGCAGACGAUGCAGGAAGAGACCCGCGUCACGCUGAACACGGUGGACUCCCUGGAUGCGUUGGUGACCGACAUCGUGCACGGCCGCUGGGACGUGGUCUUGCAGGUAGUGUCGUAUCUCAGUUUGCCAGACAGUGUGCUGCAGGAUCUCUACCAGCAGAUAGUAUUGGAGCUGGCAGAGAUGAAGGACGUGGAGACGGCGAUGCACCUGAUGAAGGAGACAGCGCCGAUGAUCAGCAUGAAGCAGGACACUCCUGAGAGGUACAUGCGCUUGGACGCGCUCCUGAGGCAGAGCACAUUCGACGCCACCCGGAACUACGAGGGCGUCCCCAAAGAGAAGCGCCGAAGCGAGAUCGCUCAGGCGGUGAGCGGCCACGUCACCGUUGCGCCGCCCUCCCGGCUGCUGGCGCUGGUCGGUCAGGCCAUGAAGUGGCAGCAACAAGCUGGAAUCUUGCCCAACAACGAGAAGAUCGACGUCUUUCGCGGCGUGGCCGCCACGAAGGUGGAGGAGAAAGAGGCGUGCCCCACGCAGAUUGGGAAGGUCAUACGCUUCGGCGACAAGUCGCACCCGGAGUGUGCGGUGUUCUCGCCCGACGGGCAGUUCUGCGUCUCCGGCUCGGUGGACGGAUUCGUGGAGGUCUGGGAUUACCAGACGGCCAUGUUGCGCAAGGAUCUGCAGUAUCAGGAGGAAGGCAAUUUCAUGAUGCACGAGAAAGCCAUCAUCGCGUGCGCUUUUGCCAAGGAUUCGGAGCUGCUCGCGACGGGCAGCCAGGACGGUGAAGUGAAGAUCUGGCGAGUGGCCAGCGGGCAGUGCGCCAAGCGAUUCCAGCGCGCGCACGGCGAAGGCGUUACUUGGAUCUCGUGGUCCAAGGACUCGUCCCAGGUCCUCACUGCCUCCUACGACAACACGGCCCGGGCGCACGGCCUUAAGUCUGGCAAGACGCUGAAGGAGUUCCGUGGGCACACGUCCUAUGUGAAUUCCGCCGUCUGGAGCCGGGAUAACCACAAGGUGAUCACGGCGUCCUCCGACGGCAACGUGAUAGUCUUCGAUGCGAAGACUACCGAGGUCAUCAGCACGCUCCAGCCGCCGCCGCCACCGCACAUCAACAGCUCGACCAUGCAGAUUGCCGUGAACGCCGCGAUCGUGGCCCCGAAGCUGCCAGCCACGUACGGCGACCAGGAGGAUGGGCUUGUCUUUGUGUGCACGCGGUCGAACACAUUGCUGUUGAUGAACUUGUCGGGGCAGGUGCUCAAGAGUUUCUCCUCCGGGAGGCGCGAGAAGGGCGACUUCGUCGCAAUGACCGUGUCUCCAAAGGGCGAAUGGCUGUACGCUUGUGCCGAGGACAAUCGCCUCUACUGCUUCUCCCUGGAGUCGGGCAAUCUGGAGCAGACGAUGAAGAUAUCAGACAAAGAGGUGAUCGGGCUCGCGCACCACCCUUCGCGGAACGUGCUGGCCGCGUUCUCCUCCGACGGCACGCUGGCAUUCCUCAAGCCGUGAGAGGCCGCCCUGCGGCCGGGCGGGGCGGGGUCUGGGAUGUCGAAUGACUCGGGCGCCCGAUGAGGCCGGCGUGCAGAGGCGGCCCGCGGGUGCCGAGCGCAGCCGCCCGCGCUCUGCGCGCUGCCCCUUCGACCGGUUGCCCUGACACUCCGGGAGACGUGCUGAGGCGACCCCCGGCUUUGUGUGUCCGCCCGCCGCGGCGGCGCUCCGGCUUCGGAUGCCGCCACCCCUCGGCGGCGCGCGGGGGCGGGCGGGCGGGGCAGGGCUCCCUGGACGCCCGGCGCUUCGGAAAAGAGCCAGCCUGCAGGGCCUGGCAGGGCAGUGGGAGGUGUAACCGCUCGUUCAUCGUGUGCUAGCGCGUGCAAUAGUACGCAACUUUUGCGAGGGGGCGCAAAACAGAACACGGACGACAGCUACUGCG